AUGCCAACCUUCGAAACGCUGGUCAUUGUCAGCUGGGCGGUGUUCGUCUUGCAGCUGCUUCUCUUUGCUCUCUACGCCCUGCCAUUGCAGCCGAUCAGCUUCGAGUGCCAGAGCGAGAAGAAAGGCUACCUCAAUGUGGCCGGUCUGGGAUUUGUCAGAAUCUGGCACGCGGAUGCACUGAAGGACCUGGCAAGCUCCAAUCGGAUGGCCAUGGUCUCGGCUGGGCAUCUCAGGCUUAGCGUGCGGCGUGCCCAGCAGGAGCUGCAGGCGCAGCCGCCUCACUACACCCGGUUUCUGCACAUCUUGAAGAUGGAGCUGCGGCACCUGCUUCUGCGCCUCGUGCUCGUCAACCUGUGCACGAAUUGCACGAAAUUGGAGGUGCUGCUGGUCUCCACCGCCCUGGCUUUGAGGAUGGAUGCGGAACUCGAGCAAGAUCCGUGCAGGGAUUUUGACAAGAAGACAGAGUACGGCGGUGCCGGCGGUAACGCCUACGUGAUUCGGUUUACGAAGAGGUGCGGAACUAUUCCUCCAGGCUCUGUGGCCAAAGCCUUCGUGGACGACGAUCUCUUCGACUCUUCUUAUCGUGUCCUGAACAACCUCCUUGACGUGAAGGCCUUGGCUGGCCUCGUGCCGGAAAAGAAGAAAUUUGACGGCUUGUGCGUGCACGUGAAGAAGACAGACGACUGUUGCAGCACAUGGAAGGCCACACGAACUUGCCACUUUCUGGUCAUGCAGGAUGGAGGUGCGAAGACCUUGGAGCAAUGCGUCGAGGGAUAUGCACUGAGCGCCGGCAAACUCAAAGAGCUUGUGUUGUCCGCCAUCACUGCCGCCCUCUCCUUCCACAGGAAAGGUUGGUAUCAUGGGGACUACCAGCUCAAGAACCUGAUGGUGGACCACGUGUGCGCCCCUAAGACCCUGAAAGUAGUCGACUUGGAUGGUAUGGGCAAUGUUGACGGCACGGCUGGCGAGGUAUGGAACAAGCCGCACCGCAUGCUAAAGGACUAUGCGAUGCUGUUUGGCAGCUGCGACUUGGGUGCCAUGCCGAUCGAGGAGUUCACGUACAAGUCUCCGACAGCCCAGCAGGAAGCACAUCGGAUCGCUGCAGCAGUUGCACCCGUCAUGAGCCCAUUCUGCCACGGCGCAUGGAACUCCAGCCCGGAGGACAUCGUGGAGUUGGGACGGAGGCUCAAGAGCACCGUCGAAGGUGUGAACUAA